AUGAAUGCAAACAAAGCAAGCCGCACAUGCCCAAGAAAUGUUAAAGAAGUUGUUGUGGUUGGUGAAGGAGUGGUUGGUUUCUGGGUAGUGGUUGUUGGUUUUGUAGUAGUGGUUGUUGUUGAUGAAGCUGUACUGGCCGUUGUGGUAGUUGGUGAAGGAGUGGUUGGUUUCUGGGUAGUGGUUGUUGGUUUUGUAGUAGUGGUCGUUGUUGAUGAAGCUGUACUGGCCGUUGUGGUAGUUGGUGAAGGAGUGGUUGAUUUCAGGGUAGUGGUUGUUGGUUUUGUAGUAGUGGUCGUUGUUGAUGAAGCUGUACUGGCCGUU